UACAAAUAAUUUUUUUACAUACUACGUCCCGCUAAUUUUAUUUUUCGUCGAACGGGUAUUAACAAAAGUUAACUCCUCUACAGGUUUCCUGGGCCGAUACCGUUAUAAUAAUUGAUCUCCGCCAUACCAGGCGUAAAUCAGUCAUGUUCUAAAAAUAGGUACACGGGUAUCCAACUGUGGUGCAAUCGUUCCGUGUUAUAAAUAGUAGUAGACUUCAGUCGUUGGUAAAACUGACAAACCUACGCCUGUGACAUUCGGCUCUGUUCAUAUUAUUGUUAAACUUAUUAAAUAAACGACUAGUGAACGAAAUAUGGCUGAAGCUGGGAAUGAAAGCACAGAUUCAACUUUGACCUAUUCAAGAGAUCGUAUAAUGGAUGAACUGGACGAAAAUGGCUACUGCGUCAUACCAGACGUCGUACCUGCCGAUGAGUGUGACCAGUACGCAGCGGAAUACAAGAACUGGCUCUCUCAGUUCGACUACGACGACAGGCCUUCUCAGAUGCACUCCAUCAUCAAAAGCUACCGCAUCGGCCACUUCGACACGACGUGGAGGGCGCGACUGAAGACGCGAAAAGUCUUCGAGGAAAUUUGGCAGACUAAAAAACUACUGACGAGCGUCGACGGUGUCGCAAUCUCGCCUCCGCCGGAAGACGGGUCCAACUGUUACGCCGCGGAUUCAUGUUGGCUGCAUUUAGACCAAAGCGGGGCUCGUAAGGGGUUGCACGUGUAUCAGGGAGCCCUGUAUCUGGAGAGCACGAGCGAGACCGACUACUGCUUCCGGGUCAUGAAGGGGUCGAACAGACAUUAGGUGCCUGGUUUGAUACAUCAGAGUGGCGACGUGUAAUAAGUUAUAUUUUAAAUAACGAUUUUUUUCCAUGUUAAUGACUGCUGUGGAUAGACUGCCAAAAUAAUUGCAAUGUUAAACGUAGACCCUCUUGACAAAGA